AAUGUUAUCCGUAACUAAUUUACUUUGUUUUCUCUUGUUUGUCAAGUAUUUCAUUUUUUUUAUCUAUUAUUUCCUAGGAUGGAAUUUAUCGAUUACGCAUACAUUUGUACUACGCAUGAAAUGUAAUCGUUUCUUUUGAGAUACGAAUUAUAAAUAUAUAUCAGUUUUAUAAACAUUUAUCGAAUUUUCGAAUGUCUUCAUUGAAUAUUAGGAUUGUAAUUUUUGCGUUUGAUAUCAUUAAUCCUAUUAUAAAUAUAAAUUUUGAAAUAAAAUACACAUAUAUAAGUUGAUAAGAGAGUAAAUUUUACCAAACUUAUGAGAACUGUCAAUGUUACGUUUCUACAUGCGAUUUUAUAUUUUAACAAAAAUACAGAGGAAUUUACAGAGUAGGCAUAUUGAAAAAAAAAUAUGGAAAGUGGUUCAUUGACUAGGGUUCUACAUGAUUUUUUUACAACCAUCGAUGGAGAAUUAAGUCUCUACAAAGGGGAACAUUUUUUGAUAUAUAAGGUCAUCGAUAAGCAUUGGUGUUAUGGACAAUCGUGUAACAAAACAGGAAACUUUCCUUUAAAUUAUUUACAUAAAGUUGAGAUACCGCAAUUAUUAGAAACUCAAAGUUUAUUCGUAUCAAUAGCUGCUUUUGCUGGAGAACAAUCAGGAGAUUUGUCAUUUGGAGCAGGGGAACUUAUUGUUGGAGUACGUGAAGUUGGAUCAGGAUGGUAUUUCGGACAAAUAGAUUCCAGAGUUGGAAUAUUUCCUACUACGCACACAUGGCAGAUAGAUACAAAUUUGAUAAAGAAAACGGGUAGUAAAAAAUCUAUUCAAAGAAAAGGAAGAGUUAAAGCGACAUUAAAGGCACAACUACAAGAGGAAUUAGAUUUAAAUGAAGGCGAAAUAGUUACGAUCAUUGAAGUUUUGGAUGAUGGUUGGUGUCGUGGAAUUUCAGAGAAUGGUAGAAAUGGCAUCUUUCCUGAAGGCUUUAUUUCUUACAUAAGUGAUGACGAAGCCAGUGAUCAAAUGGAUGCAUGCUGCUCAAAAGAAGAUGUUUCACUACCAUUUGUAUCCAAUAUUAAUUCAGUGGAGAAUAAUGUUUCUAACAGGCAUUCGAUACAGUCGUAUAACGAAGAAGAUCCUGUACCAAGUUAUUACGAUUUAUUUCCACAAUUUUCUACAUUCAAAGAUAAAGUAUCAGAGGAUAACGAUCGCGAUGAUAAUGCUAAUUUGUUCGACGUUAAAUCAUACGCCAUAACGUUAUAUCCAUUUAAUGCUCAAUUUCCAAAUGAGUUAAAUUUUGGAGUAGGUGAAGUAGUGCAUCUUAUAAAACACAUUGACUCAGAAUGGAUGGAAGGUUCUAUUGAUGAUAAUAAAGGAAUAUUUCCAGUAUCUUAUGUUAACAUUGUAGUAGAUUGCCCAGAAAUGAAACUUACAGAAGUAGUACUUAGUAAAGAAGAUAAUAGCACAGAAUAUACUUUAUUAGAACCAGGUACAAUGGCCAAAGUGGAAUAUACAUUUAAAGCACAAAUGGAUGGGGAUAUAAGUGUUAAGGAAGGAGAUAUUGUAACAAUUAUCAGUAUGGCUAAUGAAGAUUGGAUUAAUGUUAAAAAUGUUAAUGGCGAAAUUGGUCUCUGUCCAAGAGGAUAUUUAAGUUCAAAUCCUAUAUCAGAACCUGACAUUGAUCCCACAUUGGAUUUGUUAGAAGAUUUUGUUAUACUAAGAGACGACAAGCCUAAUUCAUUAACGGAUAAAGAAUAUAAACCAAAAAGACUUUCAAAACCUCAUAGACCAGCACCACCAGUACCAGCUCCUGGUCGUAUGCCAUUGCAAAACAGUAAUAAAGAUGCAGCUAGUGAUAAUAGAUCUGAAACUGAAAAUUCAGUAGCCAUUUCCGAGAAAAGAGCAGAUCAAAGACAAAACGUUAUAACAGAAUUAGUUCUUACAGAGAAAGAGUAUGUUCGCGAUCUGAGAUUAACUUAUGAUACUUUUAAUCUAUCUAAUCCUCAUUUUCUUAAAUCAAAAGGUAUAGACGUUGAUGUUUUAUUUGGAAAUAUAUUAGAAAUUAUCCAAAUUGCUGAAGAAUUACUAUACGAAAUAUUAAGAGCUAUGAAAGGAUGCGAUGAACAAUUACAGCAAGUUGGUACGUGCUUUAUAAAUAUGGCUGAUAAAUUACGGGUCGUAUAUGUGAAGUAUUGUGGAAACCAUGAAGCAGCACUUGCUUUAUUAAAAAAGUAUGAAAAUAAUGAUGAAAUUAUGACUGUAUUUAACAAGGGUACUGAGACAUUACGUUAUCAAAUAGCUUGCUUCGACAUGAGUUCCAUUCUUAUAAAACCCGUGCAAAGAAUUUUGAAAUAUCCUCUUAUUUUGUUCGAAUUAAUAAAAUGUACUGAGGAUGACCAUCCAGAUAAAGAAUCUGUGAAAGAAGCAUGGAAGGUUAUGACCGACGUGGCUUGUUAUAUUAAUGAGUAUAAACGUCGAAAAGAUUUGGUGUCUAAGUAUUUAGAUAAUGAUAAUACAUUAAUUAGAAAAAUGGCUAAAUUAAAUAUGCAUUCUGUUGCAAAAAUGUCUAUGCGUUUAAGUACAAAACUAUCUGCUAGUUUAGGUUUGACAAAUAUCGCAGUGGAUCCAGUAUUUGAAGAACUCGAAAGACAAUUCAGAUCUAUAGAAAAAUGUAUAUGGCAAUUUGCCAAAGACGUUGAAAUGUGUAUUAUUUAUUUAAGUGAUGAAGCCAGUUCUGGUGAACUUAUGUCAGAUUAUUUAAAUCAAUAUUAUCAGGGAACACCAAAUCUUGAAAUUAAACGAAUUAGAGACACUCGUUCGUUAAUUUGCUCACAAUUUAUGCAAGAUUUAAAAUCAACAUUGGAAAUACGUGUUAAUGUGCCAUUGAAUUUAUUGACAACCUUCUUGGAAGGCCCUGCAGUAUUAAUUACAAAGAGGCAUGAUAAAUUACUAGAUUAUGAUGCUGCCAUAUCGAAAAGCGAAAAGUAUAAGGAGUCAAAAAUUGUACAGGACGAAUUAGUAACAGCAAGGAGUAAUUUCGAGGCCUUAAAUCAACAGUUAUUGGAGGAAUUACCGAUAUUAAUCGACGCGGCUGUAAACGUCUUAGUUAAAUGCAUCAACGCUUUUGCGAAUGCUCGAAAACUUUUAACCGGAAAAAUUACAAAAAGAUAUUUAACACUUUGCGAGACUACAACCCAAGUCUCGUUAAAAGAUAUUCUAGAAUCUUUCCUAGUAAAUCAUAAUUUACUUUGGAAUCAAAUUGCGCGUUUCUCGUUCGGCGGUACGAAUUCAAGAACAGAAGAGGAGAAAGGAGAAAUGUAUUCGCAAAGUGAAAAAGAACGGAUUUUUUUAAGAAAAAAAUAUCCGAGAGAUAAGUUAUACAUUGUAACGGAAAACGUAAUGAAAACUACAUCUCUCGAUUUGGGUGCUGCAAGAGGAUCUUUGGUAGCUGUUAUCAAAAAUCAAGAUCCUAUGGGUGACACUACGAGAUGGCUUAUCGAUAACGGCGCUGACAAGGGUUUUUUACCUGCUCAUAAACUCCAAUCUUUACAACUACAACAACCGACGAAACAAACUAGCCUUGAAUCUAAUACCUAUAGCAAUACCGAUUCUAUGCCAGAUUUAAUAUCGAUGGCCUCACCUGAAAAAGAAAUAAAAUCUUCUUCCGAAUCUAACUCGCAGUCGUUAUUAUAUCUGAAUAUCGAUGAAGAAUUAAAUACAAAUCAGAUUUAUAGUAACAUUGAAGAAAUUUCAAAAACGCAACAGUAUCAGAAUCUUACUUAUGAAUUUUAUUAUACUAUGUAUGAUUUCGCCGGCGGUAUACCUGGUACAUUGCCAGUGAAAAAAGGUAAAGCUCUUAGACUUGUUAGGCCUCAUGAUGAAAAAGGAAACGACGAAUGGUGGCUCGUUGAAGAUCGUCAUGGUCAGACCGGUUACGUUCCUAAAAAUUAUUUGACCCCGGCAGCACAGACGAAAACAUAAUUUGGACGAUACGGAGAAUUAAUUUAUUUCUUAAUCGUAUUAACUAAAUUUUUCGUGCCUUAAUUUAUACAAUUAUUUGCUUAUAUAUUUAUAGAAAUAUUUUUACAAGUAUUGCGAUUUAAAUCAAGUCAUUGAAAUAAUUACAGAACUUGUUCAUUUGAACAGUUAGAAAAGAAGUGAAAAAAAACUAAACAACAAAACUCAUUCAACUCAAAUUAGCGAUUCUCACGAUAUAUGCUUAUCUUCGUUAUCUAGUAUAAUAUAUCAAUCGAUGUAUUUAUUUAGAAAAACAAAAGAAAAAAAAGUGUAUUUUUUCGACGUUGAUAAAUGUAUUUUUCUGUGAUAUAUGGUAAUAUUGUAUAUCAUAUUAUUAUAUAUAGCACGUUAAUUCUCUUAAAAACCAAUUUUAAAAUCUCGUAAUGUAUUUUUCUUUUUGUUGUUUCUAUUUCAAUUUUAAAUCGUCUAUUUACUUUAUGUGUAUAUUUCGUUGUACAUUGAAAAUGUAAAAUUGUUUAUUAUAUAAGAAUAUAUAUAAAAGAGUUCUGUUAAAUGGGAUAUUUGUGCACAAUAUAUAAAAUAUUGUUUAAACAUCGUAGUUUCAUUUGAUCUUAUAAUAAUAUCUUUCAUUUUGCAUGUUAGUCGGAUAAAGUAGCGAUCUAAUAAUACGAUGAUUUUACAAAACUGUUAAAAAAAAUAGUUAUAUUAAAUAGAUUAUACAUUAUUUCUAAUGAUACUUUAAUAUUUUAUCUUACAGAAACUAAUUUUCAAAAUAUAGGUAUCGUUAAGUAUUAAAACAUAUGAGUUGAUUUGUGAAUAUUUGUUAAGACAGUCCAUUAAGAAUUAAUAUGAAAAAAAUGAUUGUUUUGAAAAAUGAAUUUCGGUUCAUAAAAGUUUGGUGCUACUUGGAAAUUGUAUCAGAUAUCACAUUAUAUUUUUAUAGUUUUAAUAUGUGAAUUAGAAAUAUUUUUGUUGGGGAUCCAAGAAAAUUAUUUUAUAAUAAAUUUAUAUUUACCUUUAGAGUUCAUUAGUUAAUAAGGAUCACUGGACGUAGUAUAGUUAGAAGAUAUACGAAGGUGGAUUAAAAUAUAUUGAAGCUUAACAAAAGAAAAAGUUUUAUUUUUGUUUUAUAUAAAAGUGAGUUCGACCAAAACAUAAUUGUUUCUAUGUUAGACUCAAAAUUUUUCAACCCACUCACGUAUGCGAAGAACAUUUAAUAAGAGUAAUAAUAUAAUAAGAUGAUUUUUUAAUAAAAACAUAUUAUAUUUUACUAUAUAUUAUCGUCAUGUAAUAUAAUACAUUUAUACUGUCACGAUUAUAACAGUCGGUACAAUGACGUUUCGUGUACCUACGGGUACCUAAUGCUUAUUAUCUAAAGACUACGAUAUAAAAUAAGGUAUAUAAAUACAUAUACGCAUGCAUACAUAUAAAUAUUAUAAAUACAUAUGCAUAUAUAUAUUUAUAUACAUACAUACAUAUAUACCGUUUUAAUAAACGAAACAGUCUUUUCGGAUAGAGCAAAUUUUAACUGCGAUGUAUUUCGUUAUUAAUUAAAUAACAAUUUGCGGUCAUCGUUAUUAAAGUAAGUACAGUUAUUAGUUUAGUAUAUAACGUGUCCUUUCGACAAAACUUAUACCUAAAUUUAUAAUACCUAUAUUCUAGGACGCAAAAAAUACUGAUCUAUGGAUAAACCAUGAACUCACACAUUGAAUGUCGCUACAUUUGUGAGUGUCGAAAUUGACGAUGAAAAU